AUGGAGGCCGACAAUUCGACUGUCAUCAAUCCGGUGGCCCCGACGUAUCUUAUUAGUGAUUAUAUCGAAAUCGCCUACUUGGGAAUGGUUUUAAUGCUUGGGGUGCCAGCAAAUGUUGUCAUUCUGAAGAAGUUAAUCAAAGAAAUGAAAGCGUGCAAUCGUGAUAUGGUCAAGAGUGGCUUUGUGAUGUUGAAAAUCAAUCUGAACAUUACUGAUCUUCUCAUUUUGACCUACUCAUUGGGAAAACUGAUUUGGCUCAUCACUUAUAGAUGGAUUGGAGGAGACAUUGCCUGUAGAAUGUACCAGAUGUUCUCCAUGUUCUCCUUAUACAGUUCAUCUAACAUUGUGAUGUGUAUUGCGUUGGAUAGGCUCAGAAAUGUUAUCUAUGCAAACCAAAUUCAUACCAAAACAAGCAAGAUCAGUACUGUCAAAGUGCUCGCUUACGGUUCCUGGUUAGCUGCCUUCGUUUGCAGUUUGCCCCAAUUUUUCCUUUUUCAAACGGUCGAGGUUAACCCUAACUUUAUCCAAUGCUCGGAUGUCUGGCAGAUACGUCGUCACAUUAAGAAAGAGAACGAGUAUUUUCCUGAAGAAUCAUUUGUUUUGACUGAAACUUUCGAGAAUAUAUACAAUAUUGUUCACUUGUUCUUGGUUUUCUGGGGACCAUUGAUUGUACUCAUUGUGACAUACGCUGUGAUUGCCACCAAACUAAUGAAAUACUCGCUUAGAGCACCUGGAACUCAAAGUGUCAGGCGACCUAUGCCAACUGCAGCUGAUGAUUCUCCGAAAGAUGUCAUUGUUCAUGUCAAUUUGGAAGAUGGUCUACUUAAGAAAGAUGGGAGUUUUAGAAAAGUGGUCAAGUGUUGUAAGGAAGAAUUAAUCCCCAAACAACACCGAAAGAAAUCCAACCGAAAGAACGGAGGAAAAGACUCAACAACCACUACAUCGUCGACAUCGACACGUGUACCAACGUGGCGGAAACAAAUGCGCAGUCGGGUGUUCCGAACAACAAUGCUCGUGAUCCUCACCCACUUCCUUUUCUGGUUCCCAUAUAAUGCACUUGGACUAAUGAAGUAUAUUAAUCAGGGGAUGUUCGAGGUUCUCAGCGCCAAUGCCAAUAUCUUCAAAGAUUUGCAAAUUCUCAUCACCCUCAUCAAUCCGUUCCUUUAUGGAUUCUCUACAGGAAACUAA